UAGUACCAGUGUGCAGUAUUUUCUGUAAGANUUUUAAUUUAAUGCGUUGGAUAUCAAUUUGCAGAAAAUGGCGCUGAACUUCUCCGUACUUAUAUAUUACCUACUUGCCAAUGAAUUUACUUCUACCACUGACGACCUUGUGUCUCGUGAUCCUACAUGUGUAAAACCGAUACAAUAUAUUAUAGAUAUUACUCCAAACGUACAAAACAAUUCUCUCUAUGUUGAUUCUUAUGUCGAACUGAAUAUUUCAUGUGUACAGCAAGAUAUAAGAAUAUAUUUCGGGCGUUAUUGUACCGUUGAAUCCGAUGUUUUCAUCGGUACUGAUAUUGUCUAUAAUAAUUAUACGUAUUGGUCAUACACAACACCUUUUACAGAAGAUCGAUUCAUAGAUAUCAGCCUCAGAAAGCUGUAUCAAAUGAAUUCUACAAGUAACCAACAAAAAGUAAAUCUUCAACGUGGAAUCUAUCGGAUACAUAGAAAAUAUAAUUGUAAUUUAAAGAAAGUUGCAAUGAUUUUUUCAUAUGUAGAUCAAACUAAAAAAGAAAAAUAUUUGAUUUUACCUCGUAUUCCCGCUGAAUGGAUAUUUCCAUAUUGGGAAAAUCCUGCAACUAAAGCUAAAUUUACUAUUCGAAUUACCCAUGAAUACGGUACAACAGCUCUGUCACACAUGCCUGGUGAUAGAAUUUUAGAAAGAAAUAAGGUCAAUACUUCUUUUCUUAUCACACCCGUAAUGUCCACUCAACUGGUAGCACCAGUAGUCAUACCUUAUGAAUGUGCUGCACCUAUUUUAAUGUUCGAUAAAUUUACUAUGGAAAGUAGAUUAGAAGUGAGAAACAACAUAUUGUACGCCAUGUUUCUUAUGGAGGAUAUUACGAUAUUUCUGAGAGAAAAAGUAAAGGAUGUCAUANUGGUCUCACAUGUGCGUUAUGUAGCACUUCCAAUAAACUCCAGCUCUUACAAUACUAUAGUAACUACUGGACUUGUUUUGUUCAGAGACGCUGACAUUGCAUAUAAUAAAGAAGUAGAUUCGAUUAUAANAAAAACAGAAGUAACAUGUUUGGUUGUACGCAGUGUGAUACAAGAAAUGUUCAGUAAUUGGCUAGUUGGAUUUAAGGAGUCUGAUCCUUGGUUUGUUGAAGGUUUUUCGACAUUUUACGGAGUUUAUCUAUUCGAUCAGAUUUACAAUGAGACUUUACUGAUGUCGAUUGUGGUCCAGGCACGACGGGUAGUUUUUGAAUAUACACAAGCAUUUAGUGAAUAUGAUUUUCCAAUGCAGAAACAUACAUUUCUUCAAAACGUAACUUUUAAUAAAAUGUGGAAAGAAAAAGCAUUCAUUAUUUUCUAUAUGAUGAAAAAUUUAUUCCGUAAUCAAGAUGUUUUAUAUAACACUAUUUUCGGGAAAGCGAUAACUGCAUAUAACACUAGUACAUCAAAUGAGACAUAUAAUGGCCAGUCUGUUCUCGAAAAUAUAUUGAACAAGUUUAUGUUUGUGCCGACCAUAAAUGAAAACAAUUAUUUAAAGAAUACAAAUAUAACAAAUGUAAUAACUUCGUGGAUAACACAUGAUGGGUAUCCUGUGGUACAAGUAAACCGUGAACAUAAUUCACAAUUUCUAGAACUUAAGGUUCAAGAUUGUGUUGCGGUUAAACAAAAGAACUUGUGUGCAUAUAAGUGGUGGAUACCUGUAAUUUAUGUCAAAAUAUCAAAAAAUGCGUCUAGUAAUAAUUAUGUGUUCUUAAAACCAGACGGAAAAAGAAUAUUUUUAGGAAAUAUUGAAGCAGAUGAUUUUAUCAUAAUCACGGCGCACGAUGGAUAUCGCGUCAACUAUGAUCAUAAAAUGUUGGAAAAUAUUGCUCUUUUUCUGGAAAGUGAAAAACCUGAGAUUUUAAAUGUAAACAAAUUAUCUGACGUCACUUUAGCACACAUUCUCGACGAUGCUUUUUAUUUUUUACUGCAAAAUACAAAGUAUAACGUUCAUCUUGCUGCAAAAAGUACUACUAUAGACAUAUUUUUCAAUCUUGCUAGCAAUAUAGUUCACAUGAGAAAUUCGUACAUAACGUGGUAUCCUGUACUUACUGCUCUUCAGUAUAUAUCAAAGAUUUUUCCGUAUCCAGAAAGUGCAUCUAUUAAGACUAAAAUCCUUAAACUAUUGAAUAUCUUUCUUGAGGAUACAUCACAUAAAAACUUUUCUGAAAAUAGUAUCAGUAAUCAGAUAUAUUAUGAAGUUGUAAAAUGGACGUGUAUUCUCGAUGGUGUAAAAUGCAAAGAACAUGUUAAUGCUAUAUUAAAGUGGCAUUUAGAAAAUUCUGUAAAAAACAAACUUUUGCCAAGUUGGCAGAAAUGGAUUUACUGCCAAAGUUUAAUUUUAGAAAAUGGUACGUUUGAUACAUCCGAUUUGUGGCAAAACAUAGAGAAGAUAUAUUCAACCCAUAGAAAACAAGAAAAACUUUUUGAAUUGUUACCGUGUUUUGGACAUAAUAGUUUGCAAACUUCACGUAAAAUUGAAGUUGAAGACACAAAAAUGUCUCUUAAUGUUUUAUUCGACAGUGUAGUAAAAUAUUCAAAAGAUGUUAAAUUCUUUAAGAGUAUAAUAAGCAGAAUAAACAAUGUUGCAAGAGACAAUCUACUUGCAGUUGUCACUUUUAUUAUUAAUAACACGUAUUCAGAGGAAAAUCUUAAAAAGAUUUCUGUAGGACUGCUUUAUAAUAACCUGAUCGACAUAUAUAAUAUAGAGAAGGCAAGAUUCAUGCUUGACAUCAUCAUGAAGAAAGCUGAGAAUCGUCGUACGUUUUUAAAUAAAAUAAGUAGUGCCAUGCGUCACAAACCGCACGAAUUAUUUAAAUCCUACGUAUAAGAUUUUUUUUGUAUAGUGAGCGAACGUCUGCUCCUUAGUUAUCGAUGAUUUCUCGACACGGCAAGAUUCGGCAUACAUACGCAUACGCGAUACGCUUUAGAGCUUGUAGUACCAGUGUGCAGUAUUUUCUGUAAGAAUUUUAAUUUAAUGCGUUGGAUAUCAAUUUGCAGAAAAUGACACUGACAUUCUUCGGACUUAUAUACUUUCUAUUUGUCAACGAAAUUACUUCUACCACUGACGACCUUGUGUCUCGUGAUUCUACAUGUGUAAAACCGAUACAAUAUAUUAUAGAUAUUACUCCAAACGUACAAAACAAUUCUCUCUAUGUUGAUUCUCGUGUCGAACUGAAUAUUUCAUGUGUACAGCAAGAUAUAAGAAUAUAUUUGGGACGUUAUUGUAACGAUGAAUACGUUCUUUUUAUCGAUACUGAUAUUGUCUAUGAUAAGAAUACGUAUUGGUCAUAUUCAACACUUUUUACAAAAGAUCGAUUUAUGGAUAUCAGCCUCAGAAAUCUGUAUCAAAAUAACUCUACAACUGAAGUACAGAAAAUUAAUCUCCAUCGUGGAAUAUAUCGGAUACAUAGAAAAUAUAAUUGUAAUUUAAAGAAAGUUGCAAUGAUUUUUUCAUAUGUAGAUCAAACUAAAAAAGAAACGUAUUUGAUUUUACCUCGUAUUCCUGCAGAAUGGAUAUUUCCAUAUUGGGAAAAUCCUGCAACUAAGGCCAAAUUUACUAUUCGAAUUAUCCAUGAAUACAGUACAACAGCUCUGUCACACAUGCCUGGUGAUAGAAUUGUAGACAAAAAUAAGUUCUAUACUUUAUUUUCUAUCACACCCGUAAUGGUCACUCAAUUGGUAGCAAUAGUAGUUGUACCUUAUGAAUAUGCCAUACCUAUUGUAUUGUUUGAUAAUGUUAUUCUAGCAACCAGGUUUGAAGUGAGAAAAGACAUAUUGUACGCAUCGAUUCUUAUAGAAGAUAUUACGAUAUUUCUCAGAGAAAAAGUAAAGGAUGUUAUAUCGGCCUCACAUGUGCGUUAUGUAGCACUUCCAAUAAACUCCAGCUCUUACAAUACUAUAGUAACUACUGGACUUGUUUU